AUGGCAGAAGAAUAAACAAAGAUGGCAGCUAUGGUGCCACCAGUGAAGCUGAAAUGGCUUGAACAUCUAAACAGUUCCUGGAUCACAGAGGACAGUGAAUCUAUUGCCACUAGGGAGGGAGUUUCUGUCCUGUAUUCUAAAUUAGUCAGCAAUAAGGAAGUAGUGCCCUUGCCCCAACAGGUUCUGUGCCUGAAAGGACCUCAGUUACCAGAUUUUGAACGUGAAUCCUUAUCCAGUGAUGAACAGGACCACUACUUGGAUGCCCUUCUUAGCAGCCAGCUGGCACUGGCUAAGAUGGUGUGUUCAGAUUCUCCAUUUGCUGGAGCACUUCGAAAACGUCUGCUUGUGUUGCAGCGUGUCUUUUAUGCACUUUCUAAUAAAUAUCAUGAUAAAGGCAAGGUGAAACAGCAACAGCAUUCUCCAGAAAGCAGUUCUGGAUCAACAGAUGUCCAUUCUAUCAGUGAGCGUCCCAGGUCAAGUACAGAUGCUCUAAUAGAAAUGGGAGUCCGGACUGGACUAAGCUUGCUAUUUGCACUACUAAGACAAAGUUGGAUGAUGCCUGCUUCAGGACCUGGCCUCAGUCUUUGCAAUGAUGUCAUUCAUACUGCAAUAGAAGUUGUGAGCUCUUUGCCACCCUUAUCUCUAGCAAAUGAAAGUAAAAUUCCACCAAUGGGACUUGACUGUUUAUCACAAGUAACGACAUUUCUUAAAGGAGUAACUAUUCCUAACUCUGGGGCAGAUACUUUAGGUCGUAGGCUAGCAUCUGAGUUGCUUCUUGGUUUAGCUGCCCAGCGUGGUUCUCUGAGAUACCUUCUUGAAUGGAUAGAGAUGGCUCUAGGAGCGUCAGCAGUAGUAAAUGCAAUGGAGAAAAACAAAAUGGUGCAAAGUCAAGAAGGAAUGAUCAGUUUUGACUGUUUUAUGAAUAUAUUAACACAGAUGCGGAGAUCCUUGGGAUCAUCUGCUGAUCGAAGUCAGUGGAGGGAACCAACUAGAACACCUGAUGGUUUAUGCUCUCUUUAUGAGGCAGCUUUGUGUUUGUUUGAGGAGGUUUGUCGACAUGGCAUGGACUAUUCUAGAACAUGUGCACCUGACAGUAUACAAAUGUGAUGCCCUAUUGUUUUAGACUUGUGAAGUAUAUUUUGGGUAGUAACAAAGCGCCAGCAGCUAGUAAAGGAACAAAGAAAAAUAUUUUUACUUCAGCCCAAACUAGCACCAAGUUUUUCUGAUGGCACAACUAUUGAAGCCGGACAAUAUUGUACUUUUGUCAUUUCCACGGAUGGUUCUGUCAGAGCCUGUGGUAAAGGCAGUUAUGGGAGGCUAGGACUUGGUGACUCCAAUAACCAGUCCACACUGAAAAAAUUGACUUUUGAGCCUCACAGGUCUAUUAAAAAGGUAUCAUCUUCAAAAGGAUCUGAUGGUCACACUUUAGCAUUUACUACAGAGGGGGAAGUCUUCAGCUGGGGUGAUGGUGACUAUGGAAAACUGGGACAUGGAAAUAGUUCAACACAGAAAUAUCCCAAACUUAUUCAGGGUCCUUUACAAGGAAAGGUAGUUGUAUGCGUGUCAGCUGGAUACAGACACAGUGCUGCUGUUACAGAAGAUGGAGAGUUGUAUACUUGGGGUGAAGGAGACUUUGGAAGACUAGGUCAUGGUGACAGCAAUAGCCGUAACAUUCCAACUUUAGUCAAAGACAUUAGCAAUGUAGGAGAGGUUUCCUGUGGCAGUUCACACACAAUAGCGCUAUCCAAAGAUGGAAGAACAGUAUGGUCAUUUGGAGGAGGAGAUAAUGGUAAACUUGGCCAUGGGGAUACCAAUAGAGUAUAUAAACCUAAAGUUAUAGAAGCUUUACAAGGAAUGUUUAUUCGCAAAGUGUGUGCUGGGAGCCAAUCUUCACUUGCCUUGACAUCAACAGGGCAGGUAUAUGCGUGGGGCUGUGGUGCAUGCCUAGGCUGUGGUUCUUCAGAAGCUACUGCUCUUAGACCCAAGCUGAUUGAAGAGCUGGCUGCUACAAGAAUAGUUGAUACUUCAAUUGGUGACAGUCAUUGUUUGGCACUUUCUCAUGAUAAUGAAGUUUAUGCUUGGGGUAACAAUUCCAUGGGACAGUGCGGUCAGGGAAAUUCCACUGGUCCCAUUACUAAACCAAAGAAAGUAAGUGGUUUAGAUGGAAUAGCAAUUCAGCAGAUUUCAGCUGGCACUUCGCAUAGCCUUGCCUGGACAGCCCUUCCAAGGGACAGACAAGUUGUUGCAUGGCACAGACCUUAUUGUGUAGACCUUGAAGAAAGUACCUUCUCCCAUCUCCGGUCCUUUCUUGAGCGGUACUGUGAUAAAAUUAACAGCGAGAUUCCCCCUCUUCCUUUCCCUUCAUCAAGAGAACAUCACAGUUUCCUGAAGUUGUGCCUGAAGUUGCUUUCUAAUCAUCUUGCUCUUGCGUUAGCUGGCGGAGUAGCUACUAGCAUUCUUGGAAGGCAGGCAGGCCCACUUCGGAAUUUGCUGUUUAGGUUGAUGGACUCCUCUGUCCCAGAUGAAAUACAGGAAGUUGUAAUUGAGACGCUGUCAGUAGGUGCAACUAUGCUACUGCCUCCAUUGCGAGAAAGAAUGGAAUUGCUGCAUUCUCUUCUACCCCAAGGCCCUGAUAGAUGGGAGAGCUUAUCAAAGGGGCAGAGAAUGCAGUUGGAUAUUAUUCUGACGAGUUUACAAGAUCAUACCCAUGUAGCUUCGCUACUUGGUUAUAGCUCACCAUCUGAUGCAACAGAAAUUUCUUCACUAUGUGUUGGCUAUGGAAACCUCUCUGAUCAAACAUAUGGUGUCCAGAGCAGCCAUCCAGAUACUCAUCUAGCUGAAAUUUUAAUGAAGACUCUGCUAAGAAAUUUAGGAUUUUACACGGAUCAAGCCUUCGGAGAGUUGGAAAAGAAUAGUGAUAAGUUUUUACUUGGGACGUCAUCAUCUGAAAACAGCCAGCCUGCUCAUCUUCAUGAGCUGUUGUGCUCACUGCAGAAACAAUUGCUGGCUUAUUGUCAUAUCAACAGUGUUAAUGAGAAUUCUAGCAGUGUGGCACUGCUACACAAACACCUCCAGCUUUUACUGCCUCAUGCUUCAGAUAUCUAUUCACGUUCUGCAACUCUUCUUAAGGAAAGUUCUUGGAAUGGCAGUGUUGGGGAAAAACUAAGAGAUGUAGUUUAUGUAUCUGCAGCUGGCAGUAUGCUGUGCCAGAUUGUUAACUCAUUGUUGUUACUGCCCGUGUCAGUGGCCCGGCCUUUAUUGAGUUAUCUGCUAGAUCUGUUGCCACCUCUUGAUCGCCUUAAUAGACUGUUACCUGCUGCUGCUCUUUUAGAAGAUCAGGAAUUACAGUGGCCGCUUCAUGGUGGAACUGAACUAAUUGAUCCUGCUGGAGUGCCCUUACCACAGCCUGCCCAAUCUUGGGUAUGGCUUGUUGAUCUAGAGAGAACAGUAGCUCUGCUUAUUGGACGCUGUCUUGGUGGAAUGCUUCAGGGAUCCCAUGUGUCCCCAGAGGAACAGGAUACAGCCUAUUGGUUGAAAACACCACUGUUCAGUGAUGGAGUGGAAAUGGACAUUCCUCAUUUAGACAAAUGCAUGAGUUCCCUGUUGGAAGUGGCCCUCUCUGGAAAUGAGGAACAGAAGCCAUUUGAUUAUAAGCUGCGACCUGAGAUUGGUGUCUUCGUUGAUUUGGCCUUGGGUUGUACAAAAGAGCCAGCCCGUAGUCUCUGGCUCAGUAUGCAAGACUAUGCUGUUAGUAAAGAUUGGGACAGUGCAACCUUAAGUAACGAGUCACUGUUGGAUACUGUGUCUAGAUUUGUUCUUUCAGCUCUUUUGAAACACACAAAUUUACUUAGUCAAGCUUGUGGUGAGAGCAGGCAAAUGUCAGAAAACCAGGAAUCUGCAGAUAUUGAUCCUCAAGAGCAUUCUUUUACUCGGACCAUUGAUGAAGAAGCUGAAAUGGAGGAGCAAGCAGAGAGAGACAGAGAAGAGGGGCAUCCAGAACAAGAAGAUGAAGAGGAGGAAAGAGAGCAUGAAGUCAUGACAGCCGGAAAAAUAUUUCAAUGUUUCCUAUCAGCCCGUGAAGUAGCUCGCAGUCGGGAUCGAGAUAGGAUGAACACUGGAAAUGGGACUAGAGUUGAUGAUCAGCCUCCUCAGUCCCAACAGGAACGAAGAGUUAGCACAGAUCUUCCGGAGGGUCAAGAUGUGUACACUGCUGCAUGCAACUCUGUGAUCCAUAGAUGUGCCUUGUUGAUCUUAGGAGUAAGCCCUGUUAUUGAAGAGCUCCAAAAACGAAGGGAGGAAGGACAGUUGCAGCAACCUUCAACUAGUACACCUGAAGGGAUUGGACUCAUGACUAGGAGUGAAAGUCUUACUGCAGAGAGUCGUUCAACCCACACUAGUUCAAACUAUAGGCUGAUCAAAUCAAGGAGUGAAUCUGAUUUAUCUCAGCCUGAAUCAGAUGAAGAGGGUUACUCACUGAGUGGAAGACGAAAUGUUGAUUUGGAUCUGGCAUCCUCACAUAGAAAGAGGGGAGCAGUGCACAGUCAAGUGGAACCUCUAAGUGACUCAUGGGCUCGACUAAAACACAGCAGAGAUUGGUUGUACAGCUCCUCUUACUCAUUUGUUGAAUCUGAUUUUGAUCUUUCAAAAUCCCUUGGAGUUCAUACUUUGAUUGAAAAUGUUGUCAGUUUUGUAAGUGGAGAUGUAGGAAACUCACCAGGUUUUAAGGAGCCAGGGGAGAGUAUGUCCACUAGCCCCCAGGCUUCAAUUAUUGCAAUGGAACAGCAGCAGCUGAGGGCCGAGCUUCGUUUGGAAGCACUUCAUCAGAUCCUAGUAUUGCUGUCAGGGAUGGAGGAGAAAGGUAGUGCCCCAUUAAUGGGAAGCCGUCAAGGGCCAGCAUUUCAGUCUUCCUCACUGCUUACUUCUGUUAGACUCCAGUUUCUAGCUGGAUGCUUUGGUUUGAGCACUGUUGGACAUGCAGGCGCCAAAGGGGAGAGUGUCCGAUUGCAUCACUAUCAGGAUGGUAUCCGAGCGGCCAAGAGAAAUAUUCAGAUUGAAAUCCAAGUGGCUGUGCACAAGAUUUACCAGCAAUUAUCUGUUACAUUGGAGAGAGCUCUGCAAGCAAAUAAGCACCACAUAGAAGCACAACAACGUCUCCUGUUAGUAACUGUCUUUGCUCUAAGUGUACACUAUCAGCCUGUUGAUGUCUCCUUGGCCGUUUCCACUGGUCUGCUAAAUGUACUAUCACAGUUGUGUGGCACAGACACUAUGCUGGGACAACCACUGCAAUUAUUGCCCAAAACUGGUAUUUCUCAACUCAGCACUGCUUUGAAGGUGGCUAGUACGAGGUUACUUCAAAUCCUUGCCAUUACCACAGGAACUUAUGCUGAUAAAUUGAGUCCCAAAGUGGUCCAGUCUUUGCUGGAUCUGCUAUGCAGUCAGUUGAAGAACCUGUUAUCACAAGCUGGUGUGAUGCUUAUGGCUCCCUUCGGAGAAGGUGAAGGUGAGGAAGAUGAGGAGGAAGAAGAAGAAAAGAAGUUAGAUUCAAAUGGAGAUAAUGAGAAGAAAGACUUCAGAGCUGCACUCCGGAAGCAACAUGCAGCAGAAUUGCACCUGGGAGACUUUUUAGUCUUUCUACGAAGAGUUGUUUCGUCAAAGGCCAUUCAGUCAAAAAUGGCUUCUCCAAAAUGGACAGAGGUGCUUCUUAAUAUUGCAUCUCAAAAGUGUUGUUCAGGAGUACCCCUAGUGGGCAACCUAAGGACCAGACUCCUUGCACUUCAUGUACUAGAAGCUGUGUUGCCUGCUUGUGAAUCUGGUGUUGAAGAUGAUCAGAUGGCUCAGGUUGUUGAACGGUUGUUCUCACUUCUGUCUGACUGCAUGUGGGAGACACCGAUAGCUCAGGCUAAAUAUGCAAUUCAAAUAAAAGAGAGAGAACAAGAAAUGAAGCUGCAGAAGCAGGGAGAAUCUGAAGAAGAGGAUGAGAAUCUUCCUAUACAGGAAGUGUCCUUUGAUCCUGAGAAAGCUCAGUGCUGCAUUGUGGAGAAUGGGCAGAUUUUAACUCAUGGCAGUGGAGGUAAAGGAUACGGACUAGCAUCCACAGGAGUCACUUCUGGGUGUUAUCAGUGGAAGUUCUAUAUUGUGAAGGAAAAUCGAGGCAAUGAAGGCACAUGCGUAGGAGUGUCUCGCUGGCCAGUACAUGACUUUAACCAUCGCACUACCUCAGAUAUGUGGCUGUAUAGAGCCUAUAGUGGUAACCUGUAUCAUAAUGGGGAACAGACUUUGACUCUGUCCAGUUUUACUCAAGGAGACUUCGUCACAUGUGUAUUAGAUAUGGAAGCUAGAACUAUUUCCUUUGGUAAAAAUGGAGAGGAGCCAAAACUAGCUUUUGAAGAUGUGGAUGCAGCAGAAUUAUACCCUUGUGUAAUGUUCUAUAGCAGUAACCCAGGAGAAAAGGUGAAAAUUUGUGAUAUGCAGAUGCGUGGCACACCAAGAGACUUGCUACCUGGUGACCCUAUCUGUAGUCCUGUUGCUGCAGUGCUGGCAGAGGCCACUAUCCAACUUAUCCGCAUCCUCCAUCGUGCAGACCGUUGGACGCACUGCAUCAAUAAAAAAAUGAUGGAACGUCUGCACAAAAUCAAAAUGUGCCUUAAAGAAGCAGGUCAAAAACUGAAGAAAAGUCGCUCGGUCCAAAGCCGAGAUGAGAAUGACAUGAGAGAGGAGAAAGAGAAUAAAGAAGAGGAGAAAAAUAAACAUAGUAGACAUGGUCUUGCUGACCUCUCAGAACUUCAGCUUAAGAUUCUUUGUGUAGAGGUGUGGCCUGUGCUUGCAGUAAUUGGUGGAGUUGAUGCUGGUCUUAGAGUUGGAGGCCGAUGUGUACACAAGCAAACUGGACGGCAUGCCACUUUACUUGGAGUAGUCAAAGAGGGAAGUACGUCUGCUAAGGUCCAGUGGGAUGAAGCAGAGAUUACUAUCAGCUUCCCAACUUUUUGGUCGCCUAGUGAUACUCCAUUGUAUAAUCUGGAGCCCUGUGAACCACUGCCUUUUGAUGUUGCAAGAUUCCGUGGACUGACAGCUACUGUGUUGCUGGACCUUACCUAUCUGACUGGUAUUCAUGAAGACAUGGGGAAACAAAGUGCCAAGAGACAUGAAAAAAAACACAGACAUGAGACUGAAGAUAAAGGGGACGUUGAACAGAAAACGGAGGGGGACACUGGAUCAGAUAUGCGAUCACUGCUGAGUGCUGAUGAUAUCAGAGGACCUAUCUCCACAUGUUCCAAGUCAGAAAAUGAAAUAGCUUCCUUCUCUUUAGAAUCAACACCACUAUGUAUGGAGUCCCAGCAUCAUCCUAUAGAAGGAAAAAGAAAGAAUCAUGAACACAUACCAAGAAAUCACGAUGUAGUACAGUCAGAAAUCAGAGCAGUACAGUUAUCCUAUCUUUACCUUGGUGCUAUGAAAUCGCUGAGUGCUCUUCUUAGUUGUAGUAAAUAUGCUGAGUUACUACUGAUACCAAAAGUCCUUGCAGAAAAUGGUCACAAUUCUGAUUGUGCUAGUUCUCCAGUUGUUCAUGAAGAUGUUGAAAUGCGUGCAGCAUUGCAGUUCCUGAUGCGACACAUGGUGAAAAGGGCAGUCAUGCGUUCACCAAUAAAGAGAGCUCUAGGACUAGCAGAUUUGGAACGAGCACAAGCCAUGAUCUACAAGUUAGUGGUUCAUGGGCUGUUGGAGGACCAGUUUGGUGGCAAAAUUAAACAAGAUGUAGACCAGCAAGCAGAAGAAAGUGAACAAGCUCAGCAGGCCCAAACACCAGUUACUACCAGUCCUUCUGCUUCUAGUACUACAUCUUUCAUGAGCAGCUCUCUGGAGGAUACUACCACUGCUACUACCCCAGUAACAGAUACUGAAACAGUACCAGCUUCAGAAUCACCUGGCGUUAUGCCUCUUAGUCUUCUUAGGCAAAUGUUCUCAAGUUACCCAACAACUACAGUACUUCCAACACGACGUGCACAAACGCCUCCAGUAUCCUCCUUACCAACAUCUCCUUCUGAUGAAGUGGGAAGGAGGCAAAGUCUGACCUCUCCUGAUUCCCAGUCUGCAAGACCUGCCAAUCGUACAGCUUUGUCAGAUCCAAGUAGUCGGCUCUCAACUUCUCCUCCUCCACCUGCCAUUGCUGUUCCAUUGUUAGAAAUGGGAUUCUCUCUCCGGCAAAUUGCAAAAGCUAUGGAAGCUACAGGCGCAAGAGGAGAAGCUGAUGCUCAGAAUAUCACAGUGCUGGCCAUGUGGAUGAUAGAGCAUCCUGGGAAUGAAGAAGAUGAAGAGCCCCAGUCAGAAGGAACUGCAGAUUCACAUCAUGGGACAGUAGUUUCUGGAAGCAGUGGAAAAUCUAGUGAACAAUGUUAUUUACAAUCACCAGGAGAUAUCCCUUCAGCUGAUGCCACUGAAAUGGAGGAAGGUUUCAGUGAAAGUCCUGAUAAUAUGGAUCAUGCAGAGAAUGCAGCUUCUGGAAGUGGACCCCCCUCAAGAGGUCGGUCAGCAGUAACAAGGAGACACAAAUUUGAUUUAGCUGCCCGGACAUUGUUAGCGCGUGCUGCGGGAUUAUACCGCUCUGUACAGGCUCACAGAAAUCAGAGUCGGAGAGAGGGAAUAUCUUUGCAGCAAGAUCCAGGAGCCUUAUAUGACUUCAACUUGGAUGAAGAGUUAGAAAUUGACCUUGAUGAUGAAGCAAUGGAAGCAAUGUUUGGACAGGAUCUGGCCAGUGAUAAUGAUAUUCUGGGAAUGUGGAUCCCAGAGGUAUUGGAUUGGCCUACUUGGCAUGUUUGUGAGUCUGAAGACAGAGAAGAAGUGGUAGUUUGUGAAUUGUGUGAAUCCAGUGUUGUCAGCUUCAAUCAACACAUGAAAAGAAAUCACCCUGGUUGUGGCCGUAGUGCAAAUCGACAAGGCUAUCGUAGCAAUGGUUCCUAUGUGGAUGGAUGGUUCGGUGGUGAAUGUGGAAGUGGAAAUCCAUACUACCUAUUAUGUGGCACCUGCAGAGAGAAAUAUUUGGCCUUGAAAAGUAAAUCCAAGACAUCAACAUCAGAAAGGUACAAAGGCCAGGCUCCUGACUUAAUAGGCAAGCAAGAUAGUGUAUAUGAAGAAGACUGGGAUAUGUUGGAUGUUGAUGAAGAUGAAAAGCUGACAGGAGAAGAGGAAUUUGAGUUACUGGCUGGCCCCCUGGGGUUAAAUGAUCGCCGUAUUGUACCCGAGGCAGUUCAGUUCCCUGACAGUGAUCCACUAGGAGCAUCAGUUGCAAUGGUCACAGCCACCAACAGUAUGGAGGAGACUUUGAUGCAGAUAGGCUGUCACGGCUCCAUAGAAAAAAGUUCUUCUGGCAGGAUAACCCUGGGGGAACAAGCUGCUGCUCUAGUAAAUCCACAUGACCGUGUUAUGGCACUAAGAAGAGUGACAGCAGCAGCCCAAGUGCUUCUUGCAAGAACCAUGGUUAUGAGAGCACUCUCACUAUUGUCUGUCAGUGGGUCCAGUUGUAGUCUUGCGGCUGGUCUUGAGUCCUUGGGUUUAACAGAUAUCCGAACUUUGGUUCGACUAAUGUGCCUGGCUGCUGCAGGGAGAGCAGGCCUUUCAACAAGUCCAUCCACUAUGUCCAGUUCUACAGAGCGUUCUAGAGGAGUACAUAGUAAAACAAGCAAGCCUAUAUCUUGCCUGGCGUACCUGAGUACAGCCGUAGGCUGUUUGGCAUCAAAUACUCCUAGUGCUGCAAAACUGCUGGUACAGUUGUGUACACAGAACUUGAUUUCUGCUGCGACUGGUGUAAAUUUGACUACAGUUGAUGAUCCAAUUCAAAGAAAAUUUUUACCAAGCUUUCUGCGAGGAAUUGCAGAAGAAAACAAACUUGUAACAUCACCCAACUUUGUGGUAACUCAAGCACUUGUAGCAUUGUUGGCAGACAAAGGGGCCAAAUUGAGGCCGAACUAUGAUAAAGCAGAAAUUGAAAAGAAAGGCCCUCUGGAGCUGGCUAAUGCAUUAGCAGCUUGCUGCCUUUCCUCAAGGUUGUCUUCACAACAUAGGCAGUGGGCUGCACAGCAGCUUGUGCGAACUCUUGCAGCACAUGACCGAGACAACCAAAUUAACCCUCAGACCCUUGCUGAUAUGGGUGGAGAUCUACGAAAAUGCUCCUUCAUAAAACUGGAGGCUCAUCAGAACAGGGUGAUGACAUGUGUUUGGUGCAAUAAAAAGGGACUUUUGGCAACUAGUGGGAAUGAUGGGACUAUAAGAGUGUGGAAUGUAACAAAGAAGCAAUAUUCAUUGCAGCAAACAUGUGUAUUCAACAAAUUAGAAGAUGAUUCAGAAGAAAGUCUGGGGUCACCCAGUGACCCUAGCUUGUCUCUUAUCUGUUGGAGCAUCAGUGGCAAGUAUCUGGCUGGAGCUUUGGAAAAAAUGGUGAACAUAUGGCAAGUCAAUGGAGGAAAAGGAUUAUUAGACCUUCAGCCACACUGGGUAUCUGCUCUAGCUUGGCCAGAAGAAGGGCCAUCUGCAACAUGGACAGGAGAUGCUCCGGAAGUAUUAUUAGUAGGUCGUAUGGAUGGAUCUCUUGGGCUUAUUGAAGUUGUAGAUGUUUCAACCAUGCAUCGAUUAGAACUGGAACAUUGCUACAGAAAGGAUGUUUCUGUCACAUGCCUUGCGUGGUUCAGUGAAGAUAGACCAUUUGCAGUUGGCUAUUCAGAUGGAAAAUUGCUGAUAGGUACGAAGGAGCCACUUGAAAAAGGAGGAAUUGUUCUAGUUGAUGCACAUAAGGACACCAUCGUUAGUGUGAAGUGGGAUCCAACUGGUAAGAUUCUCAUGACAUGUGCCAAAGAGGAAACGGUGAAACUCUGGAGAUAUGUGGGGGGAUGCUGGAGACGUUUGCAUUCACUCUCCCAUCCAACUAUUGUGAAUAGCAUUACCUGGUGCAGCCUUCCAGGGAAAGGACCCAAGCUGCAGCUGUUACUGGCUACAGGAUGCCAGAAUGGCUUAGUGUGUGUUUGGAGUGUUCCCCAGGAUAUGCUGAUCAUGUUGCAGUCCAGCUCAAGUAGUUCAGAAGGAUGGUGGGAACAGGAAACAAGUGGCAAGGAUGGAUACAGAAAAGCAGUAGAUGCCAAGUGCAUUUAUCAGCUGAGAGGACAUAUUACUCCUGUUCGGACUGUGGCCUUCAGCUCUGAUGGACUGGUAUUAGUGUCUGGUGGGCUCGGUGGGCUCAUGAACAUUUGGUCUUUACGGGAUGGCUCUGUAUUACAAAGUGUUGUGAUCGGUUCUGGAGCUAUUCAGACUGCAGUAUGGAUCCCUGAUGUUGGAGUAGCUGCUUGCUCGAAUAGAUCAAAGGAUGUGUUGGUGGUGAAUUGCACAGCAGAGUGGAUAUCUUCCAAUCAUGUCCUUGCAACAUGUAGAACUGCACUGAAACAGCAGGGAGUUUUCGGAUUAAAUAUGGCCCCUUGCAUGAGGGCUUUCUUGGAACGUUUGCCAAUAAUGCUUCAGGAACAGUAUGCCUAUGAAAAGCCCCAUGUGGUCUGUGGAGAUCAGCUUGUUCAUAGCCCUUAUAUGCAGUGCCUGGCUUCACUUGCUGUGGGGCUUCACCUCGAUCAGCUUUUGUGCAAUCCACCAAUACCGCCUCAUCACCAGAACUGCCUCCCUGAUCCCUCAGCUUGGAAUCCUACAGAGUGGGCCUGGUUAGAAUGUUUUUCAACUACUAUAAAAGCUGCUGAAGCUCUGACCAAAGGAGCACAGUUUCCAGAAUUCUUUACUGUUCCAGAUCUGGAGCCUGUGCCAGAGGAUGAGCUUACACUUCUAAUGGAUAACAGUAAAUGGAUUAAUGGUAUGGAUGAGCAGAUUAUGUCCUGGGCAACAUCAAGGCCUGAGGAUUGGCACCUUGGUGGCAAAUGUGAUGUGUAUCUAUGGGGAGCAGGGCGCCAUGGGCAGCUAGCAGAAGCUGGCAGAAAUGUCAUGAUACCGGUAGCAGCACCUUCAUUCUCACAGGCUCAACAGGUUAUUUGUGGUCAGAACUGCACUUUUGUCAUUCAAGCUAAUGGUACAGUUUUGGCUUGUGGAGAAGGGAGUUAUGGCCGAUUGGGACAAGGAAAUUCUGAUGACCUUCAUGUGUUAACUGUUAUUUCAGCACUUCAAGGUUUUGUUGUAACACAGCUAGUGACCUCUUGUGGAUCUGAUGGACAUUCCAUGGCUUUGACAGAAAGUGGUGAGGUCUUUAGCUGGGGAGACGGCGAUUAUGGUAAACUGGGCCAUGGGAACAGUGACAGACAGCGCAGACCCAGGCAAAUAGAAGCCUUACAAGGAGAAGAAGUUGCACAGAUGUCAUGUGGCUUUAAACACUCAGCAGUGGUGACCGCAGAUGGCAAACUGUUUACAUUUGGAAAUGGUGACUAUGGUCGACUGGGUCUAGGAAACACUUCCAACAAGAAACUUCCUGAAAGAGUGACAGCACUGGAGGGUUAUCAAAUUGGACAGGUGGCCUGUGGACUAAACCAUACUGUAGUUAUGUCCACAGAUGGCUCAAUGGUGUGGGCUUUUGGAGAUGGAGAUUAUGGAAAACUUGGUCUGGGAAAUUCCACAGCAAAAUCCUCACCACAGAAAGUAGAUAUUCUUUGUGGAAUUGGAAUAAAGAAAGUUGCCUGUGGAACGCAGUUUUCUGUUGCAUUGACAAAAGACGGUCAUGUAUAUACUUUUGGACAAGAUCGACUGAUUGGCUUGCCUGAGGGCCGAGCUCGAAAUCACAACAGACCACAGCAAGUUCCAGUGCUGUCAGGAAUCUUCAUUGAAGAUAUAGCUGUAGGAGCAGAGCAUACACUAGCUUUAUCAUCAUCUGGUGAUGUGUAUGCCUGGGGUAGCAACUCAGAAGGGCAGCUUGGACUGGGCCAUACCAACCAUGUCAGAGAACCAACCUUAAUAACUGUUCUACAAGGAAAGAAUAUUCGACAGAUCUCAGCAGGACGUUGUCACAGUGCUGCCUGGUCUGCCCCACCCGUCCCACCGAGAGCUCCAGGUGUAUCAGUGCCUUUGCAGCUUGGUUUACCUGAUGCUAUUCCACCACAGUAUGGGGCACUGAAGGAAGUGAGCAUUCAUACAGUAAGAGCGAGACUCAGACUGCUGUACCAUUUUUCAGACCUCAUGUACUCUUCAUGGAGAUUACUUAAUCUCAGCCCCAAUAACCAGAACAGCACAUCUCAUUACAAUGCUGGAACAUGGGGAAUAGUCCAAGGACAACUAAGACCAUUACUGGCACCAAGAGUCUACACACUUCCCAUGGUACGCUCCAUUGGAAAAACCAUGGUUCAGGGGAAAAACUACGGGCCUCAAAUUACUGUAAAAAGAAUAUCGACCAGAGGUCGGAAAUGUAAGCCUAUUUUUGUACAAAUAGCAAGACAAGUGGUAAAGCUGAAUGCUUCAGAUCUUCGCCUACCUUCCCGUGCCUGGAAGGUGAAAUUGGUUGGAGAAGGGGCUGAUGACGCUGGGGGAGUGUUUGAUGACACUAUUACAGAAAUGUGCCAGGAACUUGAAACUGGUGUGGUAGACCUGCUUAUUCCUUCUCCAAAUGCUACUGCUGAAGUAGGCUACAAUAGGGAUAGGUUUCUUUUUAACUCUUCAGCCUGUUUAGAUGAACAUCUAAUGCAGUUUAAGUUCUUAGGCAUUCUGAUGGGCGUGGCGAUUCGUACCAAGAAGCCUUUAGAUCUUCAUUUGGCCCCAAUGGUCUGGAAACAACUUUGUUGUAUCCCACUUACUUUGGAAGAUUUAGAGGAGGUGGACUUGCUGUAUGUGCAGACCCUCAACAGCAUUCUUCACAUUGAAGACAGUGGGAUUACUGAAGAGAAUUUCCAUGAGAUGAUUCCUCUAGAUUCCUUUGUCGGACAAAGUGCUGAUGGUAAAAUGGUUCCCAUAAUUCCUGGUGGGAACAGUAUCCCACUUACCUUUUCAAACAGGAAAGAAUAUGUGGAGAGGGCAAUUGAGUACAGACUUCAUGAAAUUGACCGUCAGGUGGCUGCUGUGAGAGAAGGAAUGUCUUGGAUUGUUCCAGUUCCCUUGUUGUCACUUCUAACGGCUAAGCAAUUGGAACAGAUGGUUUGUGGAAUGCCAGAAAUCUCAGUUGAGGUCCUGAAGAAAGUUGUGCGGUACCGAGAGGUUGAUGAACAGCAUCAGUUAGUUCAGUGGUUCUGGCACACCCUUGAAGAGUUUUCAAAUGAGGAAAGAGUCCUUUUCAUGAGGUUUGUGUCAGGAAGAUCUCGAUUGCCAGCAAACACUGCUGAUAUCUCUCAGCGAUUCCAAAUAAUGAAGGUUGAUAGGCCUUAUGACAGCUUGCCUACCUCACAGACUUGUUUCUUUCAACUGAGGCUUCCACCAUACUCCAGUCAACUAAUCAUGGCAGAGCGUUUGCGGUAUGCAAUCAAUAAUUGCAGGUCUAUAGAUAUGGACAAUUACAUGCUCUCACGCAAUGUGGACAAUGCAGAGGGCUCGGACACAGAUUAUUAACUUUCUGUGAACAAAAUCAUCUUCCUUUUAUUACAAAUAGUGCCCUAAGUCCAAUUCAAUGUUGACACAAUUUUAUAGUAACCAUAGAUGUUUUAGGAGCAUAAACAGACAUUAAUAAGCAGUGGCCACAUUUUAGUUACUCUAAAUGUUACAACAAAUUAGAUGUUUUUAUUUUUUGGUGAUUGUUUAAAAAAAAAAAAGGGCAAAAAACCCCCCAAAAGUGCAGUCAGUAAGUUGUUUGUUUGUUUGUUUGUUUUCUUCCAUAUUUUGGUCACUUUUGAUGAUUUUGCAUGGAGCCAUUUUGGUGCAUUUUUGGUUGGGAAUGGUACAUUUGUAAGCCCUCCCAGUGAACAUGAAGAGUUGUACAUUGUGUAUAAUUGUUCAUUAGCAAGGACAGUUUUACAUGAAUAGUCCUAUAUUUAUUUUGUUUUAAUUUGAAUUGCCUGUGCAGGGUUCCUGAUGCAGAGAAAAUAAAGCAAAUACAAGAAUGA